CCUGGACCUGGACCUUAUCACCGAGUACAUGCAGAGACACGAGGAGGAGGGGGAGAAGAAGAAGAAGGAGGGCAAGAGGAAAGGUGUCAGGGAGGAGGAGACACAGAGAAGAGGAGAGGGACCCAAACGUCACCACUGUCAACACUGUGACAAAUCCUUCACAACAUAUGGACAUUUAAAGAUUCAUCAGAGAGUUCACACUGGAGAGAAUCUACACAGCUGUGAUCUAUGUGGUAAACCCUUUACAAGGAGGGGUAGUCUAGUGUACAGACGGGUUCACACCAGAGAGAAACCGUACAGCUGUGAUCUAUGUGGUAAAAACUUUUUUAGGAGUGAUAACCGAGUAAUCCAUCAACGUGUUCACACCGGAGAGAAACCGUACAACUGCGAUCUAUGUGGUCAAACCUUUUCUAGGAAGGAUAGCCUAGUAACCCACCAACGUGUUCACACCGGAGAGAAACCAUACUGGUGCGAUCAAUGUGGGACAGCUUUCAAACAAAAGAAAACCCUAACGAUGCAUCAACGCAGUCACACUGGAGAGAGGCUGUACAGCAGUAAUCAGUGUGGUAAAACCUUUUCUUGGAGGGGUAGCCUAGUAGUCCACCUACGUGUUCACACCAGAGAGAAACCGUAUCGGUGUGAUCAAUGUGGCAAAACCUUUACUAAUAGUAGUGGCUUUAAACGUCACCAGCGCAGACACACUGGAGAGAAGCCGUACUGCUGUGAUCUAUGUGGUAAAGCCUUUACUGAUAAUAAUGACUUUAAAAGACACCAGCUCGUUCACACUAGAGAGAAGCUACACAGGUGUGAACACUGUGGGAAAAGAUUUUCUCAGAUUGUUGGCCUUAAAGCUCACCAGCGUCUUCACACCGGAGAGAAGCCGUACUGGUGUGAACAGUGUGGGAAAAUGUUUUCAUGUAGUAGUCACCUUAAAAGACAUCAACGCAUUCACACUGGAGAGAAGCCGUACAGCUGUGACAUAUGUGGUAAAAUAUUUUCUGAGAGUGGUAAUCUUAAAAUACACCGGCGUGUUCACACUGGAGAGAAGCCGUACUUAUGUGAACAAUGUGGGAAAACGUUUUCUCAGAGUAGUUGGCUGAAACGACACCUGUGCAUUCACACUGGAGAGAAGCCGAUGUGGUCUGAACAAGUACCUUAGCUUUAAAUAAGCAAAAGAGACAUGAAAGUGCAGCUUCAAGAAAAAAACAAUAACUACAGUGGGGUUCGAAAGAUUGGGCACCCCAGGUAAAAAUUCUUUUAAUGUGCAUACAGUUAGGAAAAUAAGUAUUUAACAACAUAAUCCCUAACCCCACUAACACCCCUAACAUUGACCCCCUAAUCCUAACCCCUCUAACCCUAACCCCCUUAACCCUAACUCGGUCCAAACUUAACUUUUCAACCCAUUUUACAGUUUGAUGAAACUAACAGAUCAGAAAUCAGCUGAAAAGUUUUAAUUACCAACAGUUUAACCUGGAGGAAACAUUUGCGUCACAACACAGGACGGAGUGAAGUGCCAGAGAAAGACUUCUACAAACCUAAAUAGUCACUGUGUGUUAGGGGUGUUAUGGUUAGUGGGGUAAGGGGUGUUAGGGGUAAACAUAAAGUAAAAUCACACAGGGGACAGUAAAAUGACCCCUGUGUGAUUUAAUAUUGGAUAUGAGAUUAUUGUGUGACUGUGGACCUGAAUCCAGCUUCUCUCUCUCCCCCUCCCUUCCUCUCUUUCUCACUGGUCAACUUUGUGCUCUUUGCAAAUCAGCUGUUUUUUACUUUUACUUUGUCUUGUUGUGACGCAGAUGUUUCCGCCACAUUAAACAUCU